UACAAUUCCAAUUAUAAUUCGGAAUGAGUAUUUAUAGCCUUAGAGGCUUGAAUGUGCGUUUCUGCCGGCAGGCCUACAUAUUGGCACAUGUGCGGGCAGGAGUUGCGCCGAUGCCGGGCCGCACCAAAUUGAGGUUAAGUUUAUGUGAGUGCAGUAAUCAGCAGGGAAACAGUAGUCGAGGAUAUGCAAUAAACACACGCGCCAUCAAUGAUGAACUAACUAGACUAAAGCCAUAUCUUCUUGCAGCCAUAACACCGUUACGCAGUAGUCACAACAACUUAUAUCAAAUGGUAAAAAAGCGUACACUUGAAGCACGCACCAAAUUGCAGCGUAACAAAUUUCCUAAUAAUCAAGCAUGUGAAGAAGAAAAAACCAAAAAAAGUACAAAUGUUUGCAAUGACCAAAGUGGCAGUACUGUGUGUGCAUCACCAUCUCCUGGUCUUGGUGCCACACGACCACCAAUCAAUACAUACCAAUCCUCAUCCUCAUCCACAUCCACAUCCUCAUCAACCACUUGCAAAUCACAAUUUGAUAAAGUUGCUAAAGAUCCUUGCCCUCCUAGGCCAGAUGUGUCACGUAAAACGACGGGCAGCAGUAAGAAUGCUGAAAUGCUGCAAGCAAAAGACUGCAAUAUAAGUAAACGGAAAAAGGCAACUUGUGAUAAAAAGCCGUGUGAUGCUGAAGGUGGUGCUGAUGGUGCAGGCGGUAAAAAGGGUGCACCUGGUGGCGGUUCGAUUAUGGGAGAUGAUGAAGCAACCAGAAAAACAAGAAUGCUGCUAGCUUUGUUGGCUGCGCUAGGACUUGGUGGUUUGCUUUUAUGGUUAUUGACAAGACGAAAACAUAAGGUUACCGACAGCACAGAAUGUACUACAGCACCAAAAAUAAUACCUACAGUGCCAGCAACUUCAGCUGAAUUGCCAAAACAUGUGCCAUAUCUGUUGAUCGGCGGUGGUACAGCAGCUUUCUCUGCAUUCCGUGCUAUCAAAUCGAAUGAUCCGCGCGCGAAAGUACUUAUGAUAACGAAUGAAAAUCGGAAACCUUACAUGCGUCCACCACUUUCCAAAGAACUUUGGUAUUCGGCGGAGAAGGGUGAAAUUACAAAAGACUAUCGUUUCAAACAAUGGACUGGCGCGGAGAGGAGUCUAUUCUUUGAGCCUGAAGAGUUCUUUGUCGAACCUGCGAAAUUAAUGGAAACUGUAAAUGGCGGCAUUGCCGUUGCACAGGGUUUCACUGUCAAGAAGCUUGAUGCUGCCAAACAUAUUGUAACUUUAGCUGAUGGUUAUGAAAUCACCUAUGACGAAUGUUUGAUAGCGACAGGUUGUGCGCCGAAAAAUCUCGAUGUGUUCGCACAAGCCGCACCCGGUGUCAAGGAGAAGAUUAUGAUGUAUCGCAGUCCGGAUGAUUUUGAGAAAUUGAAACGUUAUGCUGAUGAAAAGAAAUCCAUUACAAUUGUGGGGAAUGGCUUUACUGGCAGCGAGUUGGCCUGCUCACUGGCGAACUAUGCCAAAGAUAAGAAAGUGAAAAUCUAUCAAAUAUUUCCAGAAUCUGGUAAUAUGUCAAAAGUGCUACCGAAUUACUUAAGUAAAUGGACUACUGCCAAAGUGGAAUCGAUGGGCGUGUGUGUCAUGUCGGAGACUUCGAUUAAAAAUGCACAACGCGAUGAAGCCGUACUCAAGUUGGUGCUCAACAAUGGCAAGAGUCUUUUAACUGAUGUGGUUGUUGUGUGCGUUGGUUGUGAACCGAAUACGAGCAUAGCGUUAACCUCCGGUUUGGAGACGGAUAGGAAUUUGGGCGGUUUUGUAGUUAAUGCCGAACUAGAAGCUAGACGAAAUUUGUUUGUGGCUGGAGAUGCAUCCUGCUUCUACGAUCCCUUGCUUGGCAGGCGUCGUGUGGAGCACCAUGAUCAUUCAGUGGUGUCGGGUAGAUUAGCGGGUGAAAAUAUGGUUGGCAAAAAGAAAGCCUACAAUCAUCAGAGCAUGUUUUGGUCCGAUUUGGGUCCAGAGGUCGGUUAUGAGGGUAUUGGCCUCGUUGAUGCUUCCCUACGCACAGUUGGUGUCUUCGCAUUGCCAACAACAAGUCCAGAACGUCGUACCGAUAACUUAACCGAAACAGCGGUUAUGGAGGGUGGCGGCAGUGGCAGUACAGUGACUGUGAAUCCGGAAACACCGGACAUUAAGUGUGAUCCAAACCAAGCGGACGAAUACACGCGCGGUGUUAUAUUCUAUAUGAAAGAUGAUAAAAUAGUCGGCAUUCUGCUAUGGAAUCUAUUUAAUCGCAUUGGUUUGGCGCGUACAAUUAUUAAUCAAAAUAAGAAAUAUGACGAUUUAAAUGAAGUGGCGAAACUUUUCGAAAUUCACGCGUAGUUCCGCGCUGUGCAUUGAACAAAUUUGGUAAUGUUUAAUAAUAAUUUGGUUAGGUGAAAAUGUUUGUUACCGUUAGUUACAAUUACACGUGUAAAUUUGCAAUGUACAAUUUUAAAAGCCGAAACAAAAACCACUACCGUUAAAAAGAAUGCAUUUCGAUUCCAACCCAAUUCAACACAAACACCAAACAAUGAAAACCAACACAAGAAAAACCCCAAAAAUUAAAAGUGUGUUGCAGUAGUAGUUUAAGGUGCUUAGUUAGAGCUGGCAGCCUCAUCUGUCAAGCCUUUGCCGGGAGUAGAAUAUAAUUAACAAAAAAUAAAUCGUUUGGAAUGCAAAAUAUGUACGCAAAUGAUGCACGAACUACUUGCCUAGCAUUUAAGCUUUAUCACAAGAAAAAGAAAGCAAAUGAUGGUAUUCAUGCAAUGCUUUUAUUAGUAGAAAAAACUCUUAAUUGAACCCAAAACACAAAAACAAAUACUUAAAAAAUAUACUUAUUUUUUAUUUGCACAGUAGCACAGUGCAGCCUUUAGUUUAUGCCUUUGGCAUAAGUGAUGUGUUCUUCAAAAUGCUGAGGAGGAAUAAAUAAUAAAAUAAAAUAAUAAAUAAAAUUGUUUGAAAAAUA